CAGAGCCAUCCUUCAGGGACACACAGAGGGGCUGUGCACACAACGAUUUGGAAUUUCUUCUCUUUUUUUUGCACAGGCAGCGAGCGAGAGACUGAGCUAAACCCAGACCCCCUCCCAGAUCCCCUGCUCUUCCCAUCUGAGCUGAGCUGAGCUGAUCUGAUCUGAUCACAAUGAAAACCGUGGCUCACUCUUACCUCGGGCUCCUGUGCGUCUCUCUCAUCUCGUGUCAACUGCCCCAGAGAAGGAACUUUAAAUGCGGAGGAAUUCUAUCAGGAGAGUCUGGUUAUAUUGGUAGCGAGGGUUUCCCAGCACUCUACCCACCAAACACCAAAUGCACUUGGAAAAUCACGGUUCCCCAGGGCCGGAUCGUGGCUCUCUCCUUCCGUUACAUUGACCUAGAAAGCGACACUCUCUGUCGGUAUGAUUACGUGGAUGUCUACAACGGGAUUGCCAACGGUCAGCGGCUGGGCAGGUUUUGCGGCACCACCAAACCUGGAACCAUUGUCUCCACUGGCAACAAGAUGAUGGUGCAGAUGGUAUCGGAUGCCAAUACGGCCGGAAAUGGUUUUGUUGCAAUGUAUACCGCAUCUCGGCCAAAUCAGAGAAUAAAUUUUCAAAGCGGACGUUUUCCACUUAUUGAAAGCAGUCAUAACUACUUUGAUGAUCAGUUUUGUGGUGGGAGGCUGCAGAAAUCCCCCGGAUCCUUCAAAACGCCCAACUGGCCCGAUCACGACUAUCCAGCCGGAGUCUCCUGCUCAUGGCACAUCGUGGCUCCCAAAAACCAGAUAAUUGAGUUAAAAUUCGAGAAAUUUGAUGUUGAAAGAGACAACUACUGCCGCUAUGACCACGUCUCCAUAUUCAACGGGGGUGAAACAAAUGAUGCGAAGCGGAUCGGGAAGUAUUGCGGAGACAGCUCUCCAGCGCCAGUUCUGUCUCAGGAAAACGAAAUUUUUGUGCAAUUCCUGUCAGAUUUAAGCGUGACGGCCGACGGCUUUCUGGCUCAUUACAAAUUCCGAUCGAAAAAGUCGCUCAGGACAACGAUUGCACCGGUCACAACUACAAUAGCUACAACCGUGAAGCCAACAAUACCUCCAUGUCAACGAAAGUGCAAAAGGACCGGCACUCUUGGGAGCAAUUUCUGUGCGAGUGACUUUGUGAUAUCUGGCACAGUUAUAACUGCUAUCACACGGAACAGCAGUGUGCAUGUAACUGUCUCCAUUCUUAACAUUUACAAAGAAGGGACACUGGCCAUUCAACAGGCAGGGAAGAACUUGAGUGUCAAAAUCCUCUCCGUCUGCAGAAAAUGUCCAAUUGUCAAACGAGGACUGAAUUACAUCUUCAUGGGUCAAGUGGACGAAUCAGGCAGAGGAAGAGUGUAUCCGAACAGCUUUGUCAUGAGCUACAGGUCAAGGAACCAAAGGUUCCUGAACAUCUUGAAGAACAAGAGAUGCUGAAUACAUAUUGACCAGAAGCGAUUUUCUUCCAAUAUUUAUGGUGCCGGAGAUAUUUUUUUCGUUUCACAGACUGCCAAAACAUGCAACCUAUAGAUGACUUGCCACAGGUAAAUAGAAGCCUUCAAAUAAAAAGCUGACGAAAUGUAUACAGCAAAAAACGUGUUCAAGAGUUUGGAUGUCUGCUAUGGCUAUUCUAGUCCUCGCACCAGCAGAAAACAAUCUGAACUUGAAGCAUAUCUGGACAGAAAGAAUGGUCAGUCUUUGGAGCCAUACCUUGUUGGAGCUGUCUAUUUAUGAGAAUGACAACAGAUGAUUGAGCCUUAUGAUUGAGCCUACCUUGAUCUUCCAUACAUAUAUAUUGUGAUGGAUAAUGUAGGACUUAAGUGCAAUAAUUUAAAAGUGAUGAUUGGUCAGGUAUUGUGUUUUCCUUUUCAUUGUUUCUUCUGAGUCACUCUUUGCAAAUAAUAUAUCUGCUGCUUAAUAAAAAUAAGUUUUAUUUAGAA